AUGUUUUCCAAAUUAUUGACGACUUCUCUUUUGGUUGCUUUGGCGCUUGCCGCGCCUUCAACAGGUAUUAUAAUAUCAUUUUGAUUUUGAUUACUUUGAUUAAUGUUUUUUGUAUUUUAGAAGAAGGCAAAAGCACCAAACGUCGUCAAUAUAUUGCUCGCCCGGUUGUUGCAGCUGCUCCAGUUCUUGCAGCUCCAGGUAAUUUAUUCAGACACAAGAGUUGAGAAUGAAAUUGAAUUUGUGAUUUUUCAGUCGCAGCCCCUCUUCUUCAACAACCAGCUGUGGUUGCUCCAACCGUAGUCGCUCCAGUUGGACAAUGUCCAGGAGGACCAUCACUUCCAAUUGAAUGCGACCCAAAAAGACCAUGGCCACAAUGUCCACCACAAUCAUACUGUUAUGCUACCAACUCGGUUGAUAUUGGACCAUAUUUCUGUUGCCCAAUUUGUAAGUUGAAAUUCUCAAAUACCCUCAAUUCAAAAAUCAAAUUCACUUAUCUAGGGUCAACUUAUGGAGCUGCUUGGAGACCAGCCACCCCAUUCUACAACUACGUUCCACCAGUCCCAUCAAACUGGCCAGUUGAUGUUCAAAGAAUGGCUGCUGCUUGGCCAGUCGGAGCUGUUGCUCUUCCAGUUAAAGCACGUAAACAAGCUAAAGAAGAUGGAGAUGAUGAGGAGAAAAUUGGAUCCGCUAUUGAUGGAUGGGUUGAAAGACAAGCUAAAUUGGUAUGUUUUGAAUCUCAUUGGAAUUCCAAUAUAAGUUCAUUUUUUUCAGUAA